UAGUGAAACUUUCGUCGCUAAUAAAUAAAAACGUCGUCCUUCGAGACAUCAAAUAGCUUAAUAUUUUAAAAUAAGGUUUUCGAUAAUAACGUUCCCCAUAGAACACACAAACGCACACACACGCACACACACAAACACAAGGAUGUUUCGGAUAAUUAAGCUCCUUACUCCACUAAUAAUCUUUGGCAUUUCUCAGGCGACCACAUGGAGAUCGGAAAACGGCGAGGAUCAGUGUGAGGCAGCUAUCAAGAAGGUCGUCCGAGAAGAUCGGGCCAUAAUAGAAGAUGACAGUCUAACUAGGCUACGCUAUACAUGGUCGUCUCAAGAAUGCGAAGUACGCGCCGGUCCAGAAUAUAUCAUUCGAAAGUAUACAUUUUUCGAAAACGGCACGUUCUUGUUGCUGCGCUAUCACUAUGCCGAAGAAUCUUGUAGCAUAGCAACGCACACCGUAGUAGCACGUGGAUCCAUCCAACUUGGUUUACCAUCCGCGUUGAUACCUGGUGCGACUGAUACCAAAUUUCACAUAGACAUUGUUCAUAUUGUACCAUUGAAUCGUCAGAUCGCGAAUAAAUUUGGGCAUAGAUUAAACGUCACUUGUAGCCUACAACCUAAAUGGCGUCCGUACGUGGCUCAACCAAUUUACGAGCGUCUUCAUCGUCAAUUCGAAUCUCCUUCCUGGUACGGUCCAAGAUAUAAUUCGCUUCAAAGUUAUCCUUUCUCGAAAAAAGGAAAAGCGAUAGACUGUUUGGAAACGCUUGGAAUCGAGUUCGACGAAUUGAGUAUGCUAAGAGUGCAAAAGAAAGAGUUCGAUCAGAAAUACGUUGUGCCUGGUUCAAACGUUAAAUCGAAAGUCGAAUUGGCGCUUGCAAACGUGCCACCGAACGUUCAAUCUCCAUGGAUUCGUCGAGCCACGUCGUUACAAUCUACCAUGUUAAUCCGCAUGGAUACCACAAGCGAAUGUCCGAUCUGCGGUAGUAUAUUCCGAGGAACGGAAUAUAAUCCACCUCUGUUACACGAGGUAGCGCCACUUCCAGCGUUGCUCGGUGGUUCCUGGAUAAGCUCUCAAUGCGAGAGCGUCAAAGGUGGUCUAUGGUCUCGACGACGCGUGAAAAUUUAUUCCGGUGACAAACUUUGGACAGGUCGUUGGGAUUAUCAUUUAGAUCCACGAUGUAUCAUUUUCUCUUACUCGAUCACUGCGGCAGGAAGCUACGUGCAACGUGCCGGAAGAUAUAAACGCGAAAAAGAUAAUGCGAAACUAUUUCAAUUAUCUUGGUAUCCUUCGAUGGACAGGCUAAAGGAUAGAUCGAGAAGAAGUAUGGAUGGGGCGUAUCGUCAUCUCUUUCGAAACGCUCGACCUUCGAUGAUCGAAUCAUUUGCCGCUAUGCUCAGGGGCAAUAAGAAACACGAAGAGGUCGUAACGAGCGCGGAGACAUCCUCGGGUACACCCUCCGGGACGACGGAGUUGGACCUUCACGUAGCCGAGAGCGUCCUCGUUCCAGGAGAUAUGUCGAUAGUUGACCGAUGUGCUGGCAAAGAGGCAGGCAAACCUCUUACCUUAUGGCCCAGUAAUUGCGUUCCUCUAGCCAUAGAAGCGCCAUCCACUCUUCGAUUAAGGGCCAAAAUUGGCGUUAGUUGGUCGGGUCAAUACAUCCUGCGAUUAAGUCCGAGAGAUGACGACAUUUGGGAUAUGCCGCUUCGUCAAUGCGGAUCAACGAAUUCGCGCAAUCCUAGAUUAAGAGUAUAUCUUAGGAAAAGCCUAGGGCUUAAAUAUGGACUUGCUUCUUCGGCAAUUUCACUCAAUCGGACAUCCGUCCACUUGACCGUGUUCGUCCUUUUCUUUUUCCAUUAUUUUUACCGAACAGACAGUCUUCUAUUAUAAUUUUGUGAUAUAAUUUUGAUUGUCCGUUAAAUUUAAGAAAGUUUAGCGUCGUAUGUACUUAUUAGAUGUACGCGAAUACACAGUAUGUACCUACUUUAGUAUGUAUCUACUUAGCUUCCACUCGUUUCAAGGAUAUCGUUCGUAGGAUAAAAUGGGAAAAAGAAACGGAAAGAAGAGAGAAAAAAGAUAAAAGAAAUACUCGAGAAUAUUUAUAAGAAAUAAUGAAAAGCUUUGGUGAACGAACGAUAUCAAGCAGUGAUUCAAAGUACAAUCCUUUUGGCCUCGCCGAGUGAGACAAACCUGAUGAGUUGAGGUUUCCUUCUGAAUCUUGUACAUAAUUUGUAUAUACAUAAUAUUACGAUUAUUUUUUUUUCUCUUUCUUUCCUUCGUGUGCGUGCGAGGGUGCGUGCGUGCGUGCGUGCGUGCGUGCGUGCGUGCGUGCAUGCGUGCGUGCGUGUAUGUGUGUAUAAGAAUAAGUAUAUGGUAUAUUAUAGUUUAAAUAGCCUAUUAUCUCGGCUGUCUUCAAGCAAGAAUAAUGCUAAUACUAAUAAGAAACUAAUAAAGAAAUAAAUCCGA